AAGGGUAGGGAAUAAUGAUUUGGAAUUCCAUUUAAUCAGUUAACCAGUUAAGUAUUAUGUUUAACCAGUUAAGUGCUUAAACAGGAACAGGAGCAGGAGCGGGGUCGGGGGGGCUGCUUCUGCCUAGCCAUGGGUGGAGGCUGCUCUGGCUUCACCAGGCUGGAAUGCUCCCCUGCCCAUAGCAUGGUGGAUUCGGGCUGCUCCGGCUAGGCAGGGCCACCAGUUAACUGUAACCAAUAGCCCUUUCCUGGUAAAGGGCGAUCCUUUCCAGUUCACCAGCUAACCAUUCACAUCCCUAGCAAGGAACUGAGGUUGCUUGAUCGGCGAUCUACCUGCCUAGGCCAGUAACUGUGUUAUGGUAAAGAGAGUUACAGAGUGGAAUAGCACCUUCUGUGUGGCAGGGUGUUUGGACUUUGGGGGCAGUCUGGCAUUGCUGCUGGAUUUGCUCUAACCCAAAAGAGCAGAGCAUCUCAGGCUAGGCUUAGAUAAACUGUGGCAACUCCUGGGGUGCCAAUCCAGAUCACUGCUCCACAGUGUGUGAAGCGCUACAGAAAGCACUGGAUCUAGUAAGAUGAUUUCUGCCGCAAAGGGAGGACGUGGAGAAGGAAGCGAUGACUCUCUAGACCUGCUCAGGGUUCGCACAGCGGGAUGGCUUCAGAGAAAUUAAAGGGAACUGAGAAAUGUGUAAAAUAAGAGAUACAAAAUAGGUCUCAAGACUGAUUAUGAAGCAGGCGGGAACGAGGCUCCCAUGACCUAGUUGCGAUAGAACAAGAGCUGGGGGGGAACCGGAGCACACAGCAGUCCACACCUCUCACUGGGACUUAGAUAUGUUUGGUUCAUUGGAUGGGGAAAAACCCAACAGCCUUUUUCGGGUUAGAGGCCACACACAAGCGAGAAGCAAAAAACAAACCAGCCCUGACUGACGUGGCCCCUGUCUGAGAAGCAGAAAGACACUCCCCACAUUUCCUUCGCACACCAGAGUCUGGGGGGCUGGGAUAGGGGAUUUUGGGGGCCCUCCCAGGCCAAAAAUGAGGGGUUCAGUGUGUCGGAGGAGGUUGCCAGGAAAUAGGCUUGGGGUGUCUGGGCAGGAGGGAAGGUGCAGGACUGGGUUGGGGUCUGGGAGUGUGGUCGGGGGCAGGAGUGCACCAGGCAGGAGGUAGGGUGCAGGGACUGGGUGGGAAGAUGGGUGCAGGAGUGUAGUUGCAGUGCCAGGCUGGUUGGGAAGGUGAGUGGAGGAAUGGGCUGGGAGAGGGGGUCUCUGGGUGAGAGGCAGAGUGCAGGAACCACUUCCUCUUCAUACCAGGACUGGCCUGUGGGUCAGAUUUGGACCCAACUUGCCUGUUUCUAGCCUGCGAGACUCGGAGCUCCCCCACCUUCAGCGGGGAGCUGGCACUAGUGCUCCAGUCCUGUGGGGGCAAAACAGCUGGGGGGCUGCCGCACCAGCAGAGGCUCCCCAAUGCUGGGUGGGGAGCCCUGAGUCUCAGGAGCUGGUUCCAGACAACCUGGGGUCUAGAUUUGACCACUGGGCCUUAGCUUCCCCAGCCCUGAAAGCACAGAUGUCAGGGGCCAUAUCUGAACAGUGCCAUGGAUGCUUGAGGAGUUCACCUGUCUGGUAACAUGUAUCUGUACUAUUCAGAGCCAAGAUGAGCCAUACGCUCCCGGGCACCCCUCUCCUGGCAGCCCUAACGGGGCACGCUCAUUUCUACUUAACGAGUCUGAAAGGAGAAAAGCUGGCAUUUCACCAGCACGGAUUCUGUUUUUAGUAACCACCUGAGUGGAAUCAUCUGUUCUCAGUGGAAAGCGCGCUGUUCCCUGAAAGGGGAGUCAUUUCAGAGAGUUUAGAUCCAUGGCUAAUCUGUGAUGUGGUACGAGAUACAGCUGUUAAAAGAGCAUUCCUGGCUUCUCCCCUGGCUGCGCAUCAACCAGGUUUUAGAAGUGAUGCUGUAGCAGGCAGGAGGAAAGGAUGCGGGGGAGCAGCACUGGCUCCGGCACUGAGCUCUAAGAGAGAGAGGAAGAAUGUGCCCCCCUUGGGACAGAGGCGUCUCUGGGUAAUCACUUGAUGCCCCCCGGAACCUAGUUCACAUCCUGUUUGAAAUUUAUGGAAUAAAAUGGGGGGGAUGGGGAUGGAGGAAACACAGCACAAUCCAAGACCAUGUCCAUCUCCUGGUUAAGAUAGUUGGCAGGGGUGUGUAGGGGCCUCGUUUCCUGUUCUAUCUUCAUUGGUCCCACUACUUUCAUUUACAUGACUUUGCUGAGUUCCAGCAGCUUGUGGAGUGGGAUGCAGAUCUCCUCGGCGCAGACGCUGAAGCCGACACCCAGUGAAUAACUCCGGCCAGGAAAAGCCCUCGUGCCCACCUGGGUUCUUGUUUUUCCAGCCCCUGCCUGUCCAAUCUGCAUUUGAGAACAAACCAACUUGGAACGUUGGCAGAGAUGCCGCGGCAGAUGCCUUGCUAGCAACAGCAGCACAGCAGGGCUUCCUGAUCCUCUGAGGCACAGGCCUUGUCAAACAUGUCAAUGUGCACGUGAACAGCUAUUGCAGCGCAUACAAGUGUCCAGCAAACUGAUGCAACUAUGCUUCCCCAGGGCAAGCCCUACCCUCCAGGACCCUACUGACCUGCAUGGUGUGGGUGCCUUUAAGAACCACGAGGACUGAUCGCUUGGCCCUUUUAUGCACCUCUAAGAACAGCUUCACAAACAUGUCUUUGGAGUGGCUGCUGGACUGGAGCUGGUCACUGGAUGGACUCCGAGACUUUAUAGCUACAGGGAUCCAGUCCUUCCGGGACUGUGACACCACUGCUCUGACAGCUGUGGCCUGCCUCUUGGUCCUGUUUGUUUGGUACUGUUACCAUGUUGGCAGAGAGCAGCCCCGCACAUACGUCACUGUGAAUUCCCUCAUGCAGAGCUCCGAUCCCAACAGCUUACAGAACGGGUAUGUUUACUGCCAUUCCCCCGAGUGCGUGCGCUGCACACGGCAUGACGGGCUUAACCAGAAACUCUAUCACAAUCUGCAGGAAUAUGCCAAGCGCUACUCCUGGUCUGGCAUGGGCAGGAUUCACAAGGGCAUCCGAGAGCAAGGGCGCUACCUAAACAGCAGGCCAUCCAUCCAGAAGCCAGAAGUCUUCUUCCUACCGGACUUGCCCACAAUGCCCUAUUUCUCACGGGAGGCUCAAAAACACGAUGUGGAGUUGCUGGAACGCAACUUCCAGACCAUCCUGUGUGAAUUCGAGACUCUCUACAAAGCUUUCUCCAACUGCAGCCUCCCGCAAGGAUGGAAAAUGAACAGCACGCCCAGUGGGGAGUGGUUCACCUUUUACCUGGUGAACCAGGGCACCUGCGUCCCCAGGAACUGCAGGAAGUGCCCACGGACGUAUCGCUUACUGGGGAGCCUCCGCACCUACAUUGGCAACAACGUCUUUGGGAACGCAUGCAUCUCUGUGCUGACCCCUGGCACGGUCAUUGCGGAGCACUAUGGACCAACCAACAUCCGCAUACGAUGCCAUUUAGGGCUGAAGACUCCCAGCAACUGUGAGCUGGUGGUGGGCGGCGAGCCCCAGUGCUGGGCCAAGGGCCGAUGCCUCCUGUUUGACGAUUCCUUCCUGCACACUGCGUUUCAUGAAGGUCCCCCUGAAGAGGGCCCUCGUGUGGUCUUUAUGGUGGAUUUGUGGCACCCGAAUGUUGCAGCUGCUGAGCGCCAAGCCCUUGAUUUUAUCUUUGCUCCAGGACGAUGAUCGUGCUUCCUUGCCCUAGUGGGUUCGAGGGCAGGUGGCUGACCCGCUGGGGCCUUGCCUUGGGCAGCCCCACUGCUGUACCGUCGGUCGCCAUACCUGGGAGCCUGCCUCACCUGAAACCUCUCCCAUACCCACACAGUGUUGGGGUUUCCUCUCUCGUGGGUUAGUGUAAAUGGAAGCUUCCAGCUUGUGUUCACUUACAGUCACUUCCUUUCCGUCGCUGCUUCCGGGAUUUCUUUCUGCCAUGAGAGUGCGCUAGGCUCACUCUGUGAUUUUGCUGCUGUCCUACCUUACGUUGCUACUGUGUUUGCAGUGUUCAGAAUUAGAGUAACGAAAUCAAGGGUGUUUGUUUGAAUGUAAUAAUGUAACAUUUCCUAUGGUCAUAAAAAAAGCAAGGUCAGCAAAAGGCUGUGCUCAGCCUGUGUGUGUCACUGUUUACAGUCACCGCGUGGACAACUCGGACAGCCAAAUGGAAACGGCUGAGGAGCCCAGUGGUCUCCCCACUCCUUGAUGCAGAAUUGGGUGAUGUUGCUCUGCAAACACAAGCUCUGUGCUAGUACGUAGGGAUGGGGGGGG